CGCUUGCUCUGCGUAGCCUGCUCCCCUCUGUACACACGUGGUAGUUGUUUGUGCUGGGAAAAAUGGCAGCUUCUGUCACAGUGAUAGAACUUGGCUUCGUACAGGAGGCAGAGCCGUGGCGGCUGCGUAGCCCGCAGUUCCCCAGUAAGACAGGCGGCCGUCCAGCGUGGUUGGGUGAGGCGGGUGUUCCGGGCCCCGAGGCGUUGCAGUGCGGGCUGUGCGGGAAGCCCCUGGCCUUCUUAUUACAGGUGUAUGCCCCGUGUACGGGCAGCUUCCACCGCACUAUUUUCAUCUUCUGCUGCCGCGAUCCUCAGUGUCAUCUGGCGGCGGAGAACCGAUGUUUUAAAGUUUUUCGGAACCAGCUGCCCCGGAAAAAUGACACUUAUAAUUAUGGCCCACCACGUGAUUCACCUCCACCUGCAAGUGAAGACUUCAUAAGCUUCCAGCUGAAGUGCGGCCUUCGUGUCUGCAGAGUGUGCGGCUGCUUGGGACCGAAAACAUGCUCCAAAUGUCAUCAAGUCAAUUACUGCAGCAAAUGUCAUCAGUUGAUGGAUUGGAAGUUGCAGCAUAAGCAGCUAUGUAAUGAGUCAUUUGAUGUGCAGAGUGUUCCGGUUCCAGAUCAUGGAUUCCUGUUCCCAGAAUAUGAAAUUGUCACAGAGCCUGAGGAGACCGAUUCCGAUGACGGCAUGGGAAUGGAUUCGGACACUUUAACAUCAGAGGACAUUUCCUCAUGUAUUGAAUCGUCAAUGGAUGAAUUAAAAUUGGAUGAGAGUGAAUUGAGUGCCAUGGCAAAGCAAGAAACCAAAGAAGACAAGGUUUUUAACAGGUUCAAGAAAAGGAUUUCAUUCGAACCUGAGCAGGUUCUGAGGUACUGUAAAGGUGGAGACCCCCUCUGGCUGUCACUCCAGCAUGUCCCAGAAACGGAUGACAUUCCUGAAUGUGCAUGCGGAGCCAAGAGGAUGUUUGAAUUCCAGGUCAUGCCACAGCUCUUGAACCAUCUGAAAGUGGACAGUCUUGAAGGAAGCAUUGAUUGGGGUGUUCUAGCAGUCUACACGUGUGCUGCCAAUUGCAAUGCAGAGAAUCAUUAUGUGGAAGAAUUCCUGUGGAAACAAGAUGUGCCAGGAAACAGCAUGUGAAAUAUGCUAAUUGCAAAUCUGCGCAUAGCAUUUUGGAGGAUAGUUUUAUUUAUGGAAG